AUGGUUGUGACGCCGAUGACCUCAAUUAGUGGUCGGCAAGCGUUGUGGACGAGUGCUCACUUGGGACACACACCUGUGAUCCGAACGCGGACUGUGUGGAUACGCCCGAAUCGUACACUUGUCGUUGUAAAGCCGGCUGGCAAGAUAUCAGUCGAGAUCUCAGAAAUCCAGGAAGAAUAUGCAGAAAAG